GGUCUUUAAGAAAGCCAGUCCAAAUGGGAAGCUCACCGUUUAUCUUGGGAAGAGAGACUUUGUGGACCAUGUGGACCUGGUAGAGCCCGUCGAUGGUGUUGUUCUGAUUGAUCCAGAGUACCUGAAAGAGAGGAAAGUUUUUGUGACUCUGACUUGUGCGUUUCGCUACGGUCGAGAGGAUCUAGAUGUUCUKGGUCUGACAUUUCGUAAGGACCUGUUUGUGGCAAACAUCCAGGCAUUUCCUCCACUGCCUGAAGAGAAGAAGAGCCUGACUCGUCUUCAGGAACGCCUCAUUAAAAAACUGGGAGAACAUGCAUACCCGUUCACCUUUGAGAUACCUCUGAACCUGCCGUGCUCUGUCACCCUGCAGCCUGGACCGGAGGAUACYGGGAAGGCCUGUGGGGUCGACUUUGAGGUGAAAGCUUUCUGCGCAGAAAAUCUGGAAGAAAAGAUCCACAAAAGGAAUUCAGUGCGUCUGGUGAUCAGGAAGGUACAGUACGCUCCGGAGAAACCUGGUCCUCAGCCCACAGCCGAGACCACCAGACAGUUCCUGAUGUCAGACAAACCUCUGCACCUGGAGGCCUCYCUGGACAAGGAGGUCAGACCUGAGAUCCCAAAACACACCUGAACAUCAGAGCAUCUGCAGCUGCUGAAGGACAUCAAGUCUCUGUUUCCUAAAAUCAUAUAAAUUAAAAAAACUCAACUGGAUGCGCUUUAAUUCUUUAAAUGAUCUCUAAUUUAUUUUAAAUGUAUUCAUGUCCCAAACUGACAGAACUAAAAAUAACAACAAAACAUCCGAUUAUUUUUAUGACCCUGAACAUCAGGAGCGUUAGAGACGGACUGAAACUUGAGUCUGACUUCAGUCUGCAGCAGAUCUGAUGUUUUCUGUUUCA